GGGAUGACCAGAGACUGCAGACACAGUACAGGGAUGACCAGAGACUGCGGACACAGUACAGGGAUGACCAGAGACUGCGGACACAGUACAGGGAUGACCAGAGACUGCGGACAGUACAGGGAUGACCAGAGACUGCGGACAGUACAGGGAUGACCAGAGACUGCGGACACAUAACACUAUAGCCUCCCUGGCGGUAUUCCCGAGUGUAGCUCGGGGUAAAGUUUCAAUACCACAAGCGGUAACCCCGAGCUACACUCAGGCUUACCAUGCGGCGCUGCUCCGCGAUCCCUUCUGCACUUACCUUGUCCUGCGCUCCCGCGAUGUCCCUCCUGCAGUGUCCCCAGCA